AUGGAUUCACCGUCAUCUGAGCCCGCACUGGCGUCAGAUUCUUCCACGUCAGCAGAGGACGUGGAGGAGGUUGAGAUUGAGGAGGUUGACGAGCCGCGUCGCGCGGAUUUUCAGGAGAAAGGAGUGGCCUCUAUGUUUGUGGAUGCCGACAGGGUGGUGCUGGUAACCAGUAACAUCGAGGCAGACUCGUGUUACUCUGUCGUUCACCAGGGGCCAAUUCUCCUUUCUCCCCCCCUCUCCGACCCUCUCCCCCCCACACCCAUUUCAGGGAGUGGCGUCUAUGGAGUGGCGUCUAUGUUUGUGGAUGCCGACAGGGUGGUGCUGGUAACCAGUAACAUCGAGGCGGAGCGAAUUACAGCAGAGGAGCUCGCAGGGCUUGGCAGCAUUCAAGUUUUCGCCAAGCCAUGGUUCUGGGACGACUCUGCUCACUUGAACAGGCUCAUGACGCUAGGUCGCGGGUUCAAACCCGAGGCAGACACGGGAGACAUUCUCACCCCAAUAUUCUCCGAGUUAAGAGCCACUCUUACCCCCUUCGAAGUGGGUAAAUACCGGGUUCUAGCCCGGCAGUGCGGGGAGCUCCUGGGGGAGGUGGCGCGGGGGCUAAGGAGGGGGAUGACGGAGAAGGAGGUCGCAGGGGCGGUGGCGGGCGCGUGUUAUGCGAGGGGAAUUCACCCUAUUUUAUUGCUGGUGGGCGCAGAUGAGAGGAUGGAUAAGUGGCGGCAUCCGCUGCCCACUUCUAAUGUUGCAAAGUCACGCCUUCUCAUAACCCUCUCCGGGCGGCGUCACGGGCUUAUCGCCUCCCUCUCCCGCGUCAUCCACUUCGGGCCGCUCCCCGCUGACUCGCCCCUUCGCUAUAAGCACACCGCUGUCACCUACGUGGAUAGCGUUGCCAUCGCCAGCACGCGUGUCGGCGCCACGUCAGACGCAAUCAUGGCGAGUAUCCAACGGGCCUAUGAGGAGAGAGGGUUUCGGGAUGAGUGGCUGCAUCAGCACCAAGGGGGGGCGACGGGGUACAGGACUAGGGAGUGGAAAGCGGAACCGGGUGUACGGUAUUAUGUGGGCUCGCCACAAGCGUUUGCAUGGAACCCGUCUAUAGCGGGUACAAGAUCGGAAGAUACGAUCUUGGUGGGGGGUGGUGGGGAGGAGGGUGGUGGAGUGGGGGAUGGAGGGGGAGAUGGGGGAAUGGAGGGGGCAUGCCCGGAGGUGUUGACAGCGACUCCUGAUUGGCCGAUGAUUCGACAUGUUGUUGAUGGGAUUGAAAUUAUGCGACCAGAUGUGUUGGAAAUCUUGGACUGA